AUGGCUGAAUUGAACAUCACUUAUGUCACUGAAUUCAUUCUCAAGGGAAUUACAGACCAACCAGAACUCCAAGCCCCAUGCUUUGUGUUAUUUCUAAUCAUUUAUUCAGUCACAGUGGUAGGCAACCUGGGACUGAUCACUGUAAUCAGGGUAGACUCCAGACUCCACACGCCAAUGUACUUCUUCCUGAGUCACCUAGCCUUUGUAGAUGUUUGUUAUUCUUCUGCAAUCACGCCCAAGAUGAUGAUGAAUUUCGUGGUGGAACAAAACACUAUACCUUUCUAUGCAUGUGCAACUCAGCUGGGCUGUUUCCUCACUUUCAUCAUCACUGAGAGUUAUCUUCUAGCGUCUAUGGCCUAUGAUCGCUAUGUGGCCAUCUGCAGUCCCCUACAUUAUACAACACUGAUGUCCAAAACAGUCUGCAUUCAACUAGUGGCAAUUCCCUAUAUCUACAGCUUUCUGGUUGCUCUAUUUCAAACCAUCAUUACCUUUCAUCUAACCUAUUGUGGCCCCAAUAUAAUUAAUCAUUUUUACUGUGAUGACCUUCCUCUCAUGGCAUUGUCCUGCUCAGACACACACAUCAAAGAAAUUCUCAUGUUUGUCUUUGCUGGUUUCAAUACGAUCUGUUCAUCCUCCAUUGUUCUUACCUCCUACAUCUUCAUUAUUGUUGCCAUUCUAAAGAUCCGCUCUAACCAGGGUCGCUGUAAGGUCUUUUCUACCUGUGGAUCCCACAUAGUGGCGGUCACAGUGUUCUAUGGAACAGUAAUUUUUAUGUAUCUUCAACCUGAAUCAAACCAUUCCUUGGACACAGACAAAAUGGCAUCUGUCUUUUAUACAGAGGUCAUUCCCAUGCUGAACCCCUUAAUCUAUAGCUUAAGGAAUAAAGAAGUAAAAGAUGCAGCAAAAAGGACAUUAGCAAAGGUGUAUGCAUCUUUAAAGAUGUUAAAAAUGAGGGCAAUAUUAUAG